CUUUGAAGUUUGAGAGUUUCUCUCUGCUUAGGGGUUUUGAUCUCUUCUUCCUCUUUCUUGAUCAUUCUCUUAUUAGCUGUUGGUAAUCACUUGUUUUAAGUUAAGUGCUUCUGACCAAGUUGAGUUUUGCACAAAAGCUGAAACCUUUGUUUUGGUUUUUGAGGAUAUCUGAGUUUUGAGAUUGGCAACAAUGGGUACUAUACAACGAAAUGUGUUACCGUUCUCCUUGUUUAACCAAAAACUGUUCUUAAUGGAUGAAGAGCUUUGGUUUAUGGCUGAAGAGAGGGCCCAGGAAGUACUAUAUACAAUUCAACCUAAUGUUGUUUCUGAGGUGAACAGAAAGCGCAUUAUUGAUUUUGUUCAGAGGCUGAUUGGAGGUUACUAUGGGGGAGAGGUAUUUGUGUUUGGAUCAGUCCCACUGAAAACCUAUCUUCCAGAUGGAGAUAUUGACUUGACAGUUCUCAGCCAUGAAAGCGUUGAGGAUGAUUUGGUACAAGCUGUAUGCAAUCUACUUGAAAGUAGAGAGGAAGUAAAAGACGUACAACAAAUACGUGCGCAGGUAAGGGUUGUCAAAUGCACAGUGAAAAAUAUUGCAGUUGACAUCUCCUUUAAUCAGAUGGCUGGACUCUGUGCGCUGCGCUUUCUGGAGCAGGUUGACCAACUUGUCGGGAAAAACCAUGUCUUCAAACGCAGUAUAAUCUUAGUCAAAGCCUGGUGCUAUUAUGAGAGCCGAAUUCUUGGUGCACACCAUGGCCUGCUCUCAACAUAUGCAGUUGAAAUAUUGGUAUUAUAUAUUAUCAAUUGUUUUCAUUCAUCAGUGCGCGGUCCUCUAGAGGUGCUGUACAGAUUUUUGGACUACUACAGCAAAUUUGACUGGAAGAAGAAUUAUGUCACCAUAUAUGGUCCACAAGCCUUAUCCUCCCUACCAGAAAUUGUUGAGAAACCAGAAUGUGAUGGAGGUGAGUUCUUGCUCAGUAAAGAGCUUCUAAAACAUUACAAGGAUAUGUGCUUUGUUCCAAAGGCAUCCGUGACUUCGCCCCGUGAAUUUUCCAUCAAGUUCAUUAACAUCUUGGAUCCUCUAAAAAAUGACAACAACCUAGGCCGCAGUGUCAACAUAGGGAAUUUACAUCGAAUUACAUUCGCUCUAAGGUUUGGUGCUCGACAGCUUAAGGAGAUCCUUAAGCUUCCAGGACAAAGAAUGGGUGGAGCACUUGAGGUGUUUUUCAUGAACACCUUGAAUAGAAAUGGUAAAGGACAAAGGCCAGAUAUUGAUUUUCCUAUUCCUGCAUUUGGUACUGGAAAAUCUGAAGAGCCUGUCCUCGUUGGAGACUGUGACAGUUACUAUGGUGGCUUAAAAUACGUACAGUGGUAUCGUAACUAUGCCAUGCCGCUCGUUGCACAGCCCAUUCCCCCAUCACCACAAUUUGAUGUUGAUAUGCUUGGACCACAAUUUGAUGCUGAUAUGCUUGCACCACAACAAAACUGGUAUAUGUAUCAUCAUAGAAGUGCUGAUUAUUAUGUGCCGAGUCAGACAUUCUUUCAUCCAAAUGUUCCUCCACAACCAACUUAUGGCCUUGACGAAAUAAGGAAAUCGCGAGGAACAGGCACUUACAUACCUGACAUGACUCUUACUACCAACUGGAACGCCCGUGCAAGAGGGUCCAGGCCAAGAAGAUCCAGCCGUGCGAAUAAUAAUAAUAAUAAUGCUUCAUCCAAGAGAAAACAAAUAGAAGAGGUUCCUCCUGAGACUGUCAUGAAUGAUAAGAAUUCCAAGUCCUUUGAGCUCUCAAAGGAAGAUUUUCCUGUUCUUUCAAGCAUUGGCAACAGCAGUUUGUCAGCAUCUCAUCAAUCUGAGCAGGACCAGAAUUCUUCAUCGCCUCAAAUAUAUAUCGAGUUUGGAACUUACAGUGCCUCAAAAUCCCUGAAAGAACUGAGUUUGGGAACAAAGGAUCAGAAAAAGGAUUCUGGUGUUUCAUCCUCUAAGACUUUGGGAACAAAGGAUCGGAAAAAGGAUUCCGGUGGUUCAUCCUCUAAAUGCGCUACUACACCAGUUGUUCCAAGUCGGGCAGUGCAGACAAAGGAGAAAUGUACUCGGAUGGAGAAGAAGAUGGGUUGACAGUAUAUAACUUAUAGGCAUUUGUAAGAUAUCGUGGAUAACAUUGAGUGUUGUGCUUUUUACUGCAGGUUCUUCUCUGACUAUAUGUAGAUUUUGGGAGAAACUAUAAUCGGUUGCUACUGAUUGAUAUAGACUUCGUGGGAUUGAGUCUUGGUAAGGAUGUUUACAAAUUUUGUUCUGCCUUUAGACUUCAUGCCCCUUGCUCUCCUCUUUCUGUAGGAAGAGUUUAUCAUUUCUGUUGGAACAGUAUCAUAUCCUUUCUGCGUCUGAAGUCCGGUGAUGUUGUUGUACAUUGGUUUCUUUUUUAGAUGACUCUUAAGUUUUAUAAUUUAUGUGGUACAAUAAUGUGGAUAUUUCACCUUCAGACCUCUAUGAAUAUUUAUCUUUGACAAGCAAGGGUGUUUUUAUGAUA